AUGGGCAUGAUAACCACGGUCAAUUUGGAGCCUGGAUUAUGUUUCGGCCCGCUGCCCACUGACUGGAUGAUAGCUGAUCCGGCAUACCUGAUUGCUCAAACUACAACCGACCAACUCCCUGAACUUCCCACAGUUAUAGUCAAUCCAUUGCAACUUUCGGACCCUCAUCGACUCAUUGAAUGGGUCUGCAAUCUACGCAGUGCCCGAUAUCCUGGGGAGCAAAAUGUGGAACUGAUACGGGAUCCAACUACAGGACAUUCGUUCUACUACAUUAUACGACCUAUUGAUGCCGGUCAGGAAAUGUUUGUCUGGUUCCGCCGAGCGGAUAUAAACCCACUGGCUGAGAGGGUGUUGAAACAACGGUUAGCAGUGGAUGCCUGGUUGGGAUUGGACGAGGCCAGUGAUAUGACCCAAGCAGCAUGUGACCAGACGCCGGGUAGAGUUUCAGCCUCCAUGCAGUGUGAACUAUGCAACGCGGAGUUCCGGUUCAUAUAUCCAUACAUUGCCCAUUUUUUGUUCAAAUGCGGGGGUCACAAGCUUAUUCGCGAAAUUCAAGUACAUUUAGAUGGUCAAACUUCCAGCCAUCCUAACCUGCUACCACGUGAUACUGUCUGCGGCCACCAGCCUGUCAUUAAACCAAGCGAUGGAAAUUCACCCUCUUUGUCAUGGAAACUGAAAACCCACUUGCGACUUCCAGAAACCAUUAAAGAUGUCGUACGGGUUCCGCCCGUCGACGUUCCGGGGCUUAGUUUGAUUCAGAAUUCAUCAUCAUCUUGGUACCCACAGCCAAACCUGCCUCCAGAACACCAAGCGGGCCCCGUCGAUGGAGAAUCAGUGUCAGCAACAAACAGUCGGAUGAAAAAUAAAGCUUACGAAAAACCUCCGCGUCCCAUACCCAAACCUAACAGUGUACGUUGUUUUGGAGAGCAGAAAACCCAAAGAAGAUUGGAAGCCAACAAAUUGCAAAAACAAUUGUGUGGUCAGUAUCAGAAUUCACAGAGAAACCGAAAAGCGAGCUGCUACCCAGCAUCAUCCUAUCCACAUAAGGAUAGCCCGUUCGCUUCAAGAACUCGGAACCCUCUGGUAGAGCAGCUGCUUCAGACGAUCAUCCAUCGGUUGAACCAACCAGCCGCGGGUAAAACUGCACUGCCAUUACCCUCCACUUCACUUAGGCUGGCACAGAAUUGGUGUGCGCGGUGCUUUACAACAUUUCGAUUAACAAGCGACUUGGUUCAGCACAUGCGCACUUGUCACAAUAAGGAACAAACAGGAAUGCGGAUCAGAGCUCCGCCGCCGGAACGCUGUGCAUCUGGUCAGCCGGUUGCAGAAGAAAAUAGAAGAGAAUCCAUGUCCACAGUAGACACAUACAACUCAAAAGCCACCCAACAAGAACAACCUCCCGAAGCACGGUCAAGGUUGGAAGUCGCUGAUCUCACCCGAACCAGCCUUGUGUGUCACCUAUGUGGUGAAACAUUCCGCGAGAGACAUCAUUUGACUCGUCAUAUGACCUCACACACGUGA